AGCGCGUGCGUCAUUGCGUCAGCACGGCAGGCGGGCGGGCGAGAGACGGACGUGGCAGCGAGCGGAGAGAGGCCUCGGGAAGGCGGUAACAUUAGUUUGGGGAUGAACUUUGUGAAAUAAAGAUGAAUCAGCAAGGUCACAUGGCAUCUUAUGGACAGCCCCAACCUGGCUACCAAGGGUACCACCAGCAGCAGUUGGCUUAUGACAACCAACACAUGACCGGUGUCCCACCCCCUCAAUAUGGACCAUACAACGGACCCGUCCAAGGCUACCAACAAACUGCUGUGCCGCAAGGACCUUUGAGGCCAGUACCAGGAUCAGCCCCAACCUCAAUUCCUCCCUCAACAACUGCACAGCAGCCAGUAUAUAAUCAGUAUGGGCAGGGAGAUGUACACAAUGGUCCUGCAGUACCCGAGCAGAUGCAAAGGGUUCCACAGUCUCAGCAAUACAUGCCUGGGAAUACACUUCAUUCUGGUAGUCAACCGAUGCCAUAUCAACAGUAUGCACCCUCGCUUAGUCAUGCUCAACAGUUACCAAACCAGAUGGCCCACAUGCAGAUCACUGGAGUUUCCAGCAACAGUGCAUCGCCUGUCAGCCAAGGUUACGGCCCGCCUGCUUCUCGUCCUCCAGCUGCAACUAGUUUGCCGCCUGUGGGUCCAGCAGCGUAUUCUGCAGCGCCUCAGAAUAUUCCCUCAAGCACACCGCAAGAUAAUAGCCAUCCUCAGCAUCCUUUUCCUGGGCAACCCUCCCCAGUGUCAACCUUCUUGUCUCCUCCCACAUCAAUAGGUCUUACGGGUGUGAUUCAUCCUCCUUCAGUUGGAAUGCAAAGACCUCCUACGAUGCAUGGACAACCUCUGCCAGGGCAGCCUCCAUCGGGACCUUAUCCACCCCAGCCUAAUCACAGAUCUUUGGGUCCACAGCCUGGUAUGCCAGGACCAAUCCCUGGUGCUCCAACACAGGGCUUUCAAAUGCAUCCAGCACCUAAUCAGGGAUUUGUACCACAACAGAACGGUUCCUUUGCGCAAAUGAGGGCGCCCCAACCAAAUUAUGCCGCACCUUCCACUGGAGCACCAAAUUACAGCAGUCAACCUCCACCUCAGCAGAAACGAUUGGACCCGGACAGCAUUCCAAGCCCUCAACUUAAUGAACUGCCAACUCAAAAGAAAACAAGACAUAGAAUAGAUCCAGAUGCAAUUCCUAGUCCAAUCCAAGUAAUUGAGGAUGAUAAGUCGAAUCGAGGAUCUGAACCAUUUUCGACAGGUGUAAGAGGACAAGUUCCACCACUCGUGACGACUGACUUUGUGGUAAAGGAUCAAGGGAAUGCAAGUCCUCGUUUUGUUCGAUGUGCAACUUACAAUAUACCUUGCACUUCAGACAUGGCAAAACAAUGUCAGGUUCCCCUCACUACAGUCAUAAAACCACUUGCCACGCUGCCAGCUGAUGAGGCACACCCUUUCAUUGUAGAUCAUGGAGAGACUGGCCCUAUACGGUGCAAUAGGUGCAAGGCCUACAUGUGUCCUUACAUGCAGUUUAUUGAAGGAGGGCGCAGAUUCCAAUGUGCAUUUUGCAGUUGUGUCACAGAAGUACUGCCUCACUAUUUCCAACAUUUGGAUCACACCGGCAAGCGAAUGGACUACUACGAUCGACCAGAACUGUCACUUGGUUCCUAUGAAUUUUUAGCCACUGUAGACUACUGCAAGAAUAAUAAAUUUCCUAAUCCACCUGCAUUCAUCUUUAUGAUCGAUGUAUCCUACAAUGCACUGAAAAGUGGGCUGGUUCACCUAUUAUGUGAGGAGCUUAAAACUCUGUUGGACUUCCUUCCAAGGGAAGGCAAUGCAGAAGAAUCUGCAAUAAGGGUUGGCUUUGUAACAUAUAACAAAGUUUUACAUUUUUACAAUGUUAAGAGCUCGUUAGCUCAGCCACAAAUGAUGGUGGUGUCCGAUGUAGCUGACAUGUUUGUGCCCUUGCUUGAUGGAUUCCUGGUCAAUGUGAAUGAGUCACGGGCUGUGAUAAACAGUUUAUUAGAACAGAUUCCUGAAAUGUUUGGUGAUACCAGAGAAACUGAGACAGUUUUUGGACCUGUUAUUCAAGCUGGCCUGGAAGCCCUCAAGGCAGCUGAAUGUGCUGGCAAACUGUUUAUAUUCCACUCCACCCUGCCUCUUGCUGAAGCGCCUGGAAAGCUAAAGAAUAGAGAUGACAAGAAGCUAAUCAACACAGACAAAGAAAAGACGCUGUUUCAACCUCAGACCAGCUUUUACAAUAAUCUGGCCAAGGAGUGUGUGGCACAAGGCUGCUGCGUGGAUCUCUUCCUAUUCCCUAAUCAAUAUGUUGAUGUGGCAACCUUGGGACUGGUUACAUAUCAGACGGGAGGUUCCAUUUACAAGUACACAUACUUCCAGGCACAAGCAGAUGGUGAGCGAUUCCUAAAUGAUCUACACAGAGAUGUUAGAAAAGUGAUUGGGUUUGAUGCUGUGAUGAGGGUGCGCACAAGUACAGGGAUUAGAGCAACUGAUUUCUUUGGCUCGUUCUACAUGAGUAACACAACUGAUGUGGAGUUGGCGGCAUUAGACUGUGAUAAAACCAUCACGGUGGAAUUCAAACACGAUGAUAAAUUGAAUGAAGAUAGUGGAGCUCAAAUUCAGUGUGCUUUGCUCUACACCAGUUGCAGUGGACAGAGGAGGCUACGCAUACACAACCUUUCCCUUAAUUGCUGUACUCAGCUUGCUGACCUGUACAGAAACUGUGAGACCGACACACUUAUCAACUUCUUUGUAAAAAUGGCUUAUCGCGCUGUUCUGAAUAACUCCACAAAGACUGUACGAGAGUCCUUAAUUAACCAGUCUGCUCAGAUUUUGGCGUGCUACCGCAAGAAUUGUGCAAGUCCAUCUUCGGCCGGACAGCUGAUUCUACCAGAGUGCAUGAAGCUACUGCCUGUGUACCUGAACUGUGUAUUGAAGAGUGAUAUUCUACAGCCUGGAGCUGACGUUUCUACUGACGAUCGGGCCUACAUCCGCCACCUCAUUGCAAGUAUGGAUGUAUCUGAAACCAACGUGUUCUUCUACCCUAGGGUUUUACCUGUGCACAAAAUGGAUGUUGAUGGUGAUGAUUUUCCAGUGGCCGUUCGUUGCUCAGAGGAACGACUAUCAAAGGGUGGCAUCUAUUUGCUGGAGAAUGGUUUGAACCUCUUCAUAUGGGUGGGAAUGAGCACACAGCAUGACCUUAUCCAGAGCAUCUUUAAUGUGCAAUCGUUUGGCCAGAUUGACUCUGGAAUGGCCACUCUGCCACAGUUGGAUAACCCGUACUCCAAAAAAUUGCGUUCCAUGGUUGAUGUAAUUCGUGCUCAGAGACCCAGGUUUAUGAAGCUCUUGAUAGUGAAGCAAGAAGACAAGAUGGAGGUGCUCUUCAAGCAUUUUCUUAUGGAGGACAAGAGUUCAAACGGUGGAGCCUCUUACGUGGACUUUCUAUGCCAUAUGCACAAGGAGAUACGACAACUGCUCAGCUAAUCUGGGGCAGCAGGGUGGGAUUGAGAGGAUUGGACGGAGCUGUAUACUCUGAGGGAAAUGUUUCCCAGCUGUAGCCCAGCAGGCCCAGUGCUUGAUGUCAGUAAGGGUCUUGUCUGUCAACAGCUGUCAUGGAAGCAACAUGGGUGUGUGGCUAACCUGUUAAUACUGAAUGUAAUGUAAGGAAUUAAUAGUACAGUAUAAUGUAUAUGAUUUAGAAUCUUCUAUGAGAGCUAUCUUUUCAACACUGGUAUUACUGUGUCCCUUGUGUGUGAGGAGAUGUGGGCAGGAAUGCACUGUGUGGAUGUAUGGAAGGAAAACUCCAAAUACACAAGAUUUCAAGUCAAUAAAUUGAACAAAAUUCAGUUUGUGGCUUUGCUAACAUGGUUUGACUUCUGGAAAUUAUUUUUAUAUGCAUCAAUAGUAAUCAUUUCAUGUUGUACACAGCUUUCUUUUCUUGUUUCUGUUAAUUAGGUCUUUAAAUGUGAAUAGAUUUGUGAAUGAAAAUAAGUUAUCUAUUCACUUGUGAAUGCUUAACCUUUGAUUAAUUUCCAUAAUAUUUUCUCCCUUGCAGAUUCUUAAAAAAAAAACGUGACGUACAGAAAUUGCUUUGGUGGGGGGUGGGCGGGGUGGGGGAGAAUUUUUUAAAUGUUUGCAAAUUUUCUGUAUUUCUGUUUCAGAUUUUAGAUACUAAUCAGAGAAGGGAGUAGAUAGCAGGCAUUCCCAAACUGCUGCCCUGUUCAAAGUCAAUGAUGGCUCCAAUGUGUUUCAUCAUUGGAGUACCAACCAUUAUCCAACCAAACAUAUCAAAUGCAAAAAGGAAUGACUUAAUUCAAUCCUUCAACCACAACUUUGUGUUUUGAUUGUAAGCCUUGUGAUUGCAAGACUUUGAUAGGAUUUGAUGCCAAUCUUUGAGGAGAGGAGUAUAUUACUGUUUUCAUGUCCAUUACAAAUCAGAUGAGCAGUAGUGAUCCAGGAUUAAAGGCACAAUUCCUUUUCAAGGCAUUUUUCCUUUGUAUUUUCCCAUUCCUAUUUAUUAGGUCGGUUUACCAUGCUGACUUUUGCAGCCUGCUGUAAAAAUAUAUAUAUAUAAAAAAUGUGCUGUUGUAAACGGGACAUUAAAUUUUGAUGCAAUAAAUACAUUUCUUUUCAAAUGCCUCAUCAGAUCUGCCCUUGGGUUUGUUUUAGUGUCAGCACACCACAUUUGUACUGAAUGGAUUCAUCUGUUCUUAGCUGCGGUUGACUGCAUUCUUGAAAGAAAUGCAGGCCUUCAGCUGCUUUAAUCUAUAACUUCAAAGUUGGGACUCUGAUCAUCACUGCUGAGCUAAAGUACACACCUAGGGAAAUCCAUUUCUUAAUCUAAUCCUUUGUGAUCCACCACUUUGAACCACUGGUGAAGGGUUUUGUAAAUUUGAGUUGGGCACUUCUUUACUGAGACUUAAGCAAAGAAGCAAAACUUUAUUUGUCCUCCGCUGCUGUAAAUAUAAGGAAUAUUUCUGCCCAGGUUGCUUCUAAACUUGCAUGAAUAUGCAGUAGGGCUGUAUUCUUUACAAUCCUUCCUCACUUUCAGAAUUCCAAUUUAUUGUUUGUUGGGGAAAUAAGUGAAGUGAAGAUAGUGUCUAAAAUAUAGGAAACCAAGUUUUGCACUUGCACUUAACCUCUGUUCUCGCUUUACAGUGCAAGGUAGUUUUAAUUGCCACACUGAUUACAAUUAUUUAUUUACAUUUGGGACUUUCGUUAUGCUUUCGUAAUUGUCCAUUAAAUAAUGUUGGGAGAUGCCCGUACAAAUAGUGCAUGAAAAUCCAGGAGGGAAGAUGUUUGUUUGAAUCCUCCUUCAAUGCUGGAGGAAGCAUAAAGUGGGCAAUGGACUGACUGUCCCCAAAGACUUCACAGCAGCAGUUUACAAAACCUGUAAAGGCAAGGCCUCGCCAAGAAUAAUGGGAGUGAGCCAUAACUGGAUAAGAGGCAAAGAUCUUAAUUAAGCAACUGACUGGUAUUUUUUUAAAUCUAACUAUAGCUACCCUGUGCAAGCAUUCUGUUCUAGCCAUGAUAUUAGAGAGUCUACAAGUUGUUUCAGCUAAAAAAGCACUGCUUCCAAUUAUGUUUUCAAUUGGGAUAUACACAAUAGAUAGACCAGUAAAUCCUUUGAUUAUCUCAAAUGAAGGCUGCUCAUCUCAUUGAAACUUAAAAUUCAGUUCCAAUUGAAGAUGAAAAGCCCUCUACAUUUAAGUUUGGUCUUAGCCGGUGGGAUAUCUGAUUAUUGACUGGAGCCACAUCCAUAGAACUUGUUCCAAGUCUAGGUAUGAUUGAACAGUAUGUUGCAACUUUACCUUGAUUCUCCAGCUUGUACAGAGUCUUCUGAACAUACGUCCAUGUUUAUUUUCCAUCUGUUUUACACUGUUAAUGAAAGAUUGUCCCAUGUUUUGUGAACUAUUAGCAAUGUCUCUUGGCUACAAGUGGUUAAUCACAAGGGAUUCUGAUGUCCCAGUAUCCUGUAGACAACCUGGUAAGACUCAGCGAGCCUCCAUGGGAACAGACAAUGAUAGGAAGCAAUGAUAAUCCCCGAGCUGCUCGCAGAUCCUUCCACAACUACAGCUGUUUUUAACUGCAUCAAGGGGUGGAGGGUCCUAUGAAUCGUCAAACUAACUUUUUAAAUAAAGUAUUUGAGUGAAAUGAAAA